CGUACUUGAUGUAAACACGGAAGUAGGUCUGCAGCUACGCACAUGUAGCAACACAGAAAUACUUCCACUUUUCCUACUUCCUACUCUUUAUAUUACACUUAGUCGCUCUUCAUCACUAAAUAGUACCGUUUUAUCAUAGUGAAGGACCGGAAAAGAAAGAGUUGGAGCGUGUCCCAGCGCUGUGUCCAACAAUACUUAGCUUGAGUUAGCACGCUUAGCUUUGUCAUGGCUGACAAAAGACAGAAAUCUUUUAAAUGCAUCGUGAUUGGAGGCGGCAUCGCGGGGGUGACAUGUGUGCAACAGUUGUCGUGCAGUUUGCCGUCAGCUGACAUGGCUUUGAUCACCACAGGCCGCCUCAUCAAGGCAGUCACCAACUAUAAACAGGUGGCCACAGUUCUGGAAGAAUUCCAAGUGGAGGAACAAUCAUCCAGUGUGCUGGAGGAGAAACUCCCCAACCUGACUGUCAUCCACUCCACGGUCACAGCACUGCACACACAAUCACACCUGGUGGAAACAGCCGACGGAGAGGUUUUUGCUUACGAGAAGCUGUGCAUCUGCAGCGGGGCCAGACCUAAACUCCUGGCUGAGGACAAGCAGCAUGUGCUGGGCAUACGUGACACAGACAGUGUCCAGGACUUCCAGAAGCAGCUUUCUAAAGCCAGGAGAAUUGUGCUUGUCGGAAAUGGAGGGAUUGCCUUGGAGUUAGCGUAUGAGGUGGAAGGCUGUGAGGUGGUAUGGGCAGUGAAGGACAACGCCAUCGGAAACACCUUCUUCGAUGCGGGAGCCGCACAGUUCCUGGUCCCGUCGCUGGGGGCCGACAAGCCGGAGAGAGCCGCUCCCUGCAAGAGGCUUCGCUACACCACACAGGAUGCAGCGGCCCAGACCUUCACAGCAGAUGGAAAUAGGCGAGGACGUGGCUCUGGUCCAACAGAGGCUGGCAGUGCGCUCGGUCCAGACUGGCAUGAAGGGAUGGUUCUGAAAGGAGCAGAGCAGGCAUCCCACACACUCUCAGUGGAAUAUCAGUGUGAGGUGGACAAGAUCUUCACCUCCCAGGAGAUGCUCAACUCCACAGCUGCACGGCAAACAAACACAGCUGAUACCGGAGGAACAUGGCCGGUCUAUGUCCAGCUGACCAACGGCAAGACUUACGGCUGUGACUUUGUGGUCAGUGCCACCGGAGUCACACCCAACACCCGGCCCUUCUUACCUGGCAACAAUUUUGCUUUAGCGGACGAUGGCGGUCUGAGAGUGGACGACCACAUGAUGACAUCACAGCCUGACGUCUACGCUGCCGGAGAUGUGUGCAGUGCAUGCUGGGAGCACAGCCCUUACUGGCAACAGAUGCGCUUGUGGACGCAGGCUCGCCAGAUGGGCUACUACGCCGCUCGCUGCAUGGCGGCAGGAGUCUUGUCCCAGACUAUAGAGCUGGACUUCUGCUUUGAGCUCUUCGCUCACAUCACCACCUUCUUCAACUACAAGGUGGUCCUGCUGGGCAAGUUUAACGCACAGGGGCUGGCCUCCGACCAUCAGCUGCUACUGCGAUGCACCAAAGGCCAGGAGUACGUCAAGGUGGUGCUACAAGGUGGCAGGAUGGUGGGAGCAGUGCUGAUCGGGGAGACGGACUUAGAGGAAACCUUUGAGAAUCUCAUCUUGAACCAGAUGGACCUGACACGGUACGGGGAGGAUCUACUCAACCCCAACAUUGACAUAGACGACUACUUUGAUUGAAAUAGACUUUUCUUUGAAAUAUGAAAGUUCCAAUCAAAUAAAUAUGACGGAGAACUAAUAA